CUCCCGUCCGCUACCAUCGCCGUAACACCACCGCUAACUGCACGCGCUGUGCAUUCGGCGUUGCCCACGGCCCGCAGCGCUGUGGUCCGAUUCCUUUGUGUCGCUCGAUCGGCUCCGCAGUGCGCGCACACGCAGGGGAUACGUUGAACUUGUCGAAAGAGACUGCGGCGGCGGCGAAAUGAGCAUUGUGACGUUGCGGUCGAUGUCCGGUCAGAACGUGUGUGCGUCUCACAUCUGGGCCAGUGCGCUUUGGUAGGUGUCUUUGUGCCGCGGUGCCACACAGUCCCGUGCCUUCGUACCGUUGUUAUCGUCUCGUUCGUGAACUCCAUCCGCAGACCGUCGUUGUUUUAUCCGCUACGCACCAGGUCCCGAACCCUUGCCGUUUUCGUCUCGUUCCAUGGUUCACCGAUUGGACCGCCGAUCCGUCUCUCCGUUUUUCCACCGUUCUCGACCAGACCUAUGAUUCACCAUUUCGUCCCCGUGCCAUGCAAGAGAAACUGACCAGAUCUGAUCCUACGGAUGUCCAAGCUGUCGUACAGCAAUCGAUGAAGAAUGAUGACGGAUUUUCUCGAAACACCAGUUUUUCUUCAAUGAAUUUUGAUAUUUGCCGAAUUUGUCAUUGUGAAGGCGAUAUUGACACACCCUUAAUAGCUCCGUGUUAUUGUGCCGGUUCAUUACGAUUUGUUCAUCAAGUAUGCUUACAACAAUGGAUAAAAUCAUCGAACAUACGAUGCUGUGAACUGUGUAAAUUUCAAUUCAUUAUGCAAACAAAAACUAAACCUUUCAGUCAAUGGGAACAAUUGGAAAUGUCUGGAAUGGAGCGUAAAAAAUUGGUGUGUGCAAUGCUGUUUCAUAUAAUAGCCAUGACAUGUGUUUGUUGGUCAUUGUAUGUGCUUAUGGAUCGUACGUUAGAAGAAGUUGAACAUGGAAUGUUACAAUGGCCAUUUUGGACUAAGCUGAUUGUUGUAGGUAUUGGCUUCACUGGUGGUGUGGUUUUCAUGUAUAUACAGUGCAAAUCAUAUUUUAUGCUUUGCCAAAGAUGGAAAGCAUAUAAUAGGGUAAUAUAUGUACAAAAUGCUCCAGAAAAACCACGUAAAAAUCAAAAUGUACUCAUAGAUGUAGCAGAGAGUAAUUCAGUUGAAACUAAUGCAGCUACGUCAAUUGUAAAACCGCCAAUUGAACAAAAUGAUGAAACCAGUAUUGAUCUCAAAGGUGUACGUAAUGUUCAUAUAUUUUUCAAUAAUGAAGACAAUCCUAUAAGAUUUCAAGAGAUUGACAAUCGUGAACAAGAAGAUAUUGAAAAACCAAUUUCAAGUGAUACAGGUACAUCAUGGCACAUACAAAUUGGUAAAAAACAAGGAGAAAAUACUGAAGGUGAGUGCAGCCAAGCAGCUGUGUGCCAAAGCAAUCAGUCAGAUCCAUCAUUUUUGAAACUACAAAUUAAAACUGCUGAAAUAGUUAUAAAAUUUGGGCAAAAUGAAUCUGUAUCUACUGAAAACGAAUUAGACAACAAAAAUGUAAACAUUCAAAUUGAAGAAUCAAAAUCUAAAACCGAUGUGCCUGAUAUUACAAAUCCAGUUCAAAUACGAUUGGAUUUUGGAAGAGACAAGAACUAUGAAGAUAUAGAAGAAGGCCAUGGAUCUCCUUCUCAAUCUCCAUUAUUGUCUUCUAGACGACUCUCUAAUUACAGAGAUGAUAAAUAAUUAUUUUAUACACAUACUAUAAGCUGAUCUGUGAUUUAACAGAAAAUAAUCAAUAUAAUUCAUUUUCUUCCCUUUUAGUAGUAA